CAUCUGCAAAGAUGUUAUCCAAAUGCCGUCUGGAAAAUCUAAACCCUUAGCAAAGGCUUUAAUGGCGCUUCAGCCGCAUAGGUUAUUCUCCAUGGGUUGCUUGCACGGAAACAUCACCUGUUCAUCUCGACUUUCAUCUAUGCCACAAUGCAGUGCAUUUCAGAACUAUCCAGGCACUUGUUUGCCGUAUGUGCUACGUGGCGACAGCAGUAAAUAUGGGAAAUAUGCUCAUUUUAAAUUCAGAAGAACAAGGGAUCCUUGCGGGAUUGCUGAUAAUCAAUUAAAAGAUAGCUUCAAGGUUGAACAUGAACCUUUUAUCUUCAGAAGCCUUUCCGAUGGGUUCAGGCAUGGUGCAAUUUAUACUUUCCAGUCCCAGUUUAGAGCUGGGUUUCCUUGUACUGUUAAUCCUAUUAAUAUCUUUAGGUGUUCAAACAAGAGUUUUAGAUCGAAUUCAUCUUCUUGUCAAUAUGGUCGUCGAGGCUUUUCUUCAGUUCAUCCUAUAGAGAUACCCCAGGAUUCAAUAAAUUCAGUUAAUAGAAAUGAUAAUCUGGCUUUGGGAGUUCAUAAUUUUCCAGACAAGAAAGUCCGCAGACAGCUGAAGCAUACAAAGUCAUUGGCUGCUCAUGGAAGAAGUCAUGAUGGAAAUAUACAAGUUUCUGAAUCCUCCCUAGCUGUUAAAAGGAGUGGUCCUAAUGCUAGCAAGACGGCUGCUAAAAUUGAGGAUUCAGUGAAGCUGGAUGAGAAGGUGACCAAAGAUGCCUUGCAGGAUGCGAAUUCAGGAUCAUCUGUUAAUUCUUCAUCUAAAAGAUCCAGUAAAAACCAAGAAGCUAACACGGAAGGACAAAAGAUGCAGCAGUCAAGAAGUAAGAAACGUGGUGGACUUUCUGGCACUAGUUCAUCUGCUGUUGGAACUAAGGCUAAAGGUUCUAAAAAAUCUACUCAUGCUGCCAAAGCCACUGAAUCCUACACUGCUUCAGAAGUAAGUACUGGUGGCUUGUGUUAAAGACUCAGGUUAUGUGCUUUAUUUGAUAAAUAACUUCUAACUAGAGCUGAAGUAUUUCAGAAUCUUCCAGCAGAGGAGAGCCAGGAUACACAGUUGGCAGUGGUGGGCAGUCCUCCUUCCACAAACAAGAAGUCCACAAAGUCAGAAUCAAAUGGGAACUCUACUAGAACUGGUAAAUCUAAGAUGAAAAAUACUAUUACAAAAUCAAGUAAGGCCUCCUUGA